CCGCUGUCAGCCCCACUGAGCCUAGUGUGUUGGAUAUUUCGUCAUUUUAGAGCAUACGCAAGGAUUAUCAGUAUGGACAAUGAUAUUAUCGUCUCUCUUGAAGAUUUAGGGUACCAAGGCCCAUUGUUGGAGGACGGGGCUCUGGAGUCAGCUGUGAAUGGUGGGGCUGCUUCGCUUGAGUUUACAAAGCUCUGUGCUUGGAUUGUGUCAGAGCUCAGACUUCACUGCAAACUGGUGGAGAAUGUCCAUGCCACAAACUGUCCAAGUGAGUCAGAGGCCUUCCAGCUGGAGAUGAGUGGCCUUUUGUCAGAGAUCUCAUGUCCUUACUCUGUCCUCACAAGUGGAGAUGUCACCCAAAGGCUUCUCAACAAGAAUGACUGUCUGCUGCUGCUCUCCUUUCUGGUGUCUGAGCUCGAGGCUUCGAGGAUGAUCCUGGUAAACAGACCCCAGAAGAAGGCCCAGGAGUCUGGUAGCCCUGCCUUCCAGGAACUAAAGGGCAUCUGCAUGGCACUGGGCAUGUCCAAACCUCCAGCCAGCAUUGCCAUGUUCCAGUUCUUUAGUGGCAUUGAGAAGAAGCUGAAAGAAGCUAUGAGUAGAAUACCACCAAGUCAUAUAGGAGAGCCUUUGCUGAAGAAAGCGUUUGGACCUGUGCAUAUGGAAAAAAUUGAAGCCAUCAAUCAAGCGCUUGUAAAUGAGUAUGAAGUGAGAAGGAAGAUGUUGUUCAAACGUCUCGAUGUGACAGUGCAGUCUUUUGGUUGGUCAGAAAGAGCGAAGACACAUGCUGGGAAUUUGGCUAAAGUUUAUCAGCCACUACGUUCCGCCCUUGGUACCAAAAGCAAAAUCUCUGUAGCGCACCUUCUUGCAGCCCGACAAGACUUCUCAAAAAUCCUUCGCACUAGCAGUGGCAGGUCGAGAGAGAAGACUGCUUGUGCCAUUAAUAAGGUUUUAAUGGGUCGAGUGCCAGACAGAGGAGGCCGCCCUUGUGAGAUUGAGCCUCCCCCUCCAGAAAUGCCUUCAUGGCAAAAGCGUCAGGAUGCCCCCCAAGGUAGUGGACACUAUGGCGGAGGUGGACAUGGUGGUAGCAGGGGGGGUUACGAUCAUUAUUCUCAAGGCAGUCGGGGGGGCUAUGAAAGAGGUGGAGGAGAAAGGGGAGGCAGGGGAGGAGGUGGUGGCAGAGGUGGGAGAGUGCAAGGAGGCUGGGGGGAGGGGGGUGGAGGAGGGAGAGGCGGUUACAAUAAGGGCCAGUAUCAAGAUUCGGGGGUCCAUCAGGGGGGAGGCGGAACAAGAGGUGCUUAUAGAGGAGGCGGGAACAGCCUAGGAGGCCCCCAGGAGUCUAGCCACCAUUCAGGCUACCAUGACAAUUACCACCAGAAUGGAAACUGGCAUCAAGAGAGAGGCGGCGGUAGAGGAGGCAGGGGAAGAGGAGGCCGAGGAGGCUGGGGAGGGAGAGGAGGCCAGAAUUUUAACCAAGGAGGACAGUUUGAACAGUUUUUUCAACAUGGUGGCCAGAACUACAACCAAGCUGGCUUUAAUCAAAGCCGCCACUACACUAGUUGAAGAUGGUGUGGGACAUUACAGCACAGUCUGCAAUCGGUUAAACAACGUCGAGAAGGCCUUAUCAAUCUCACUUAUUCAGCAUGUGUGAUCAAACUGGUCAACAGUAAAUGAUGUGUAUACUUAAGUACAUAAAUGUACACAUGAAAGUUUACAUAUGAAGUGUGCAGUAUUUUUUGUGUUCCUUCACAAUGAGGAUUUAAAACAUUGUCAGUAAAACGUGUUUUGCUUAGUUUGAAAUCAAUUGACUUUAUUUGAAUCAUGAUCCUUCACUGCUGUCCAUCAAGAGCAGCACGAGGGUGAUGCGCAAGCACAAAGGGUUCAUAAAAAUUGUUUCGUUACCAUGCUUUCUCGAAAUGUUCUUUUUAUGGUCAAAGUUCAUUUUGUUCCUGAGUAACAGCAAAGAUAAUUUAUGAGAAAUAGGUCAAAUUGAGUUGCCCUUGCAUUGUGAGCCUCCAAAUGUGGAUACUGGACCGGACUGCAUGAAUGUGUGACCGAGCAAUAAAGUUAUCAAA